AUGCCAUUUCCUAUCAAGCGUCAGAUUUGUUGGGCGACCUACUUCUUAUCCGAUCCGGAGCGUUACUGCUCCUUUUAUCCCCUCGUGCCGACUAUACGUAGUGUCAACAAACUCUCCGGGCGACUCAGCAGCCUCAUCUCGUCGGAUAGCAGCAGCGUCGUCCUCUACAGCACUCUCACGAUCUUGGAAAGUCUGCUAUACUCGGGCAGCGAAGCUGACGGAGUUCACCGGUAUAAAGGGAAGAAGGAAUAUGCACAGCUCAUCAGAGCGCUUACGGAAAAGUACAUCCGUUUCAUCGAAACGAUCAGGGCCAGCCCUGAACUGAUUUCGAGGCCGUCCAGAAAUGAGCAGAGCUCAACUGUCCCACAAGUUCCCGAUCCCCAACUUGGUCCUGCUCAAAUGUCAUGUCCUUCAGCUCCUCCAGGAGCCACUGACAUGAAGCAGGAGGACUAUCUUCCCAGGUUGCUGAAUCGUAUCGUCAGGAUAUCUGGCUGUCUCAGUUUUUAUGCUAUGGAGGGAUACACAGACGAGGAAUCCGAAGACGCCGAUCAUCCUAGGCUUGAACGUCAAGAAAUUAUAUCUAGCACGCUCACUUUUCUGCAGAGUGUCUGCGCACAGAUUCCAAAACUUUCAGUGUCGACGCAGGAGGAUGUCUGGCGCAUGUACUAUGGGACUAUGCGCCAGAUGGUACACCUUCAGAUGAGAAACUGGACGUUGACAUCUUCUAAACGGCGAAUGUCUACCGUUGAAGAUCCGUCGACAGAUGACGCAAAGCCCACACAUGAACUCCCUCCUCCGAUCGACGGAUUCACACGUCCUGAUAAAUCUGUCACCUUUGGGUCGAUGGCCGAGGAUCUUGUUUCUUCUCUAGAAAAAGCGGCGGCUCACCUCAAAGAUGCUAGGGGAGCCGAUACAGUCAUAAUCAUUCUUCGAGGGAUCGCCUUCCUGAGUAAAGCACCAAGAGUGUUCGCUCCGCGUGACAAGUUGAUGAAGGGCUUACUACGCCCGAAGGCUACAGCGUAUGACAUUGUUGGUGCGCUGACAGACAAGCUCGCUGCUGCCGCGUCUUCCCCUGAGUCGGUAACUGGUUCUCACUGGAAGGAUCGUGAUGUGCUUCAAGCAGCAACGGAGGCAUUGAAUGCUUUGACCGAGCUUCUCAAAGAGAAUUCGACGCCGGCUUCUGGAGGCGAAACUGCAGGAUCAGCCGGCCGUGGGGCCCAUGAUAUGACCGCGGCGAAUAGUGUUAAACACUUUGAUCGGCGAUUUCCAAAUUUUAUUGCGCGGUUUCGUAACAUACCAAGGAUGUCGAAUUCCAAGUCUGACACCGUUGUUGCAUCGCGUGCCAAGUCUGACACCACUGGUACAGCAGCCAAUUCUCCGCGAGACGAGACACCUACUGCGAGAAAUCAGCCUGUCCUUCCCGAUCCUUUAUCAGCUCCAUCUCCAUCGUCGUCUAGCGAGCUGAGACCAGCCAUCCCCCAUCACGACACAAGUCGUACAGCUGUGGAAACUCCACAGAGCGACUCAGUCACCCCGAAGGUCGCUUUCGCGCCCACGUCUACGCCGGAUGUUUCAAAUGGUCUGACGCAGAACACUGUGCUUCGCGGAAGUAUUUAG